GCUAUCGGGAAUAUUCCAAGCACGAUUUUCAACGAGUAUCCGCAGAUGAAGACCUAUAGGAACCGAAAGUUACCGAUGUCCAUAUUUCUUGGCGCUAUACUGGUUUUUAGCAGCUUGAUCAUUUUCAACCUCUUCACCCAAGGAAGGUCGGAUAAAUCGCGACCGUUCAUAUCUUUAAAGUUUCUUGAUGAAAAGUUGCAUUCGCAUGGCAAGAGCCCAUCAGGAUACAAGUACAGCUGCGAUACAGCUACAGUCAGAAUGGGUGAUAAUGUGUUCAUGGUUAUUCCAAGCGAGCCGCCGGACGAACCGAUGACGGAGUCGGAGGGCCAGCUAGGAUCUCCGGGCGCAUUUCAAUGGACUGUCUACGAAAUCACCAGGGCUGAUCGGGAGGAGAAGAAGAAUGAGUUUCGUUAUCGCGGCCAAAAAUUAAACUGCGUCGUUACAUUCGUCAAAGCGAUUUACCAAUUCAUGCAUCAUAACUAUAUCUAUAGCAUUUGUGGCAACUGUACCUAUCUUGAUACCAAUGGGACAACUGAGACACUAAUCAGAAUGACAUUGUGCACUACCUAUGAUCAUUCCACAGCCAAUAUACCCUCGGCUCAUCGGAAGGGCCAACCCGAGAUUCGAACAUAUGUCUAUGAAGUGCUCGAGAAAAUAUUCCCCACGUUAUCGAUCCCUCCUUCCACUAUGCCGUUAUCUGUCUAUCCACCAUAUUACAAUGAGACACAGUCAAACAUAUACAGGAACCAGGAGAUCACACGGCGGAAUGUGUCGCAACUGACGAUCUGGCUUGGCAAUGUCACCUUUAUCCCGGCAGCUGACUUGAGCGAUGUACCGAGCCAGUUAACACCGGGCACAAUUGUGGCGCCUCAGGGCACAGUUCUUGUUGAAAAUUUGUCGAACCCGGGGAGCUACUUUGAGGCCUUCAAGAAAACUGACGAGAAAUCCUCAGGUUUUCAGAUCUCAGUCGUGGGUGUCGGGGAGGUCCGACCGUUCCGCCAACACGAAUACAAUCUCACCAAAAUCCCAUUGAUCCUCGCCCAGAUGUUCAACUACUCUUACUCGAUCAACGGGCUCUUGAUGAAUUUGGCCGCCGCUGAUCUCAAUCAGAAGGAGAUUGGAACCCAUUACUUAUGUAAUGCCACUCGAAAAGAAUGGCUGCCCGGCACGAAAGUCUUCUCAGCCACCUUCGGUAACUCGAUGGGCACGUUUGGGAUCUGCUUUUCUAUUAUGGUUCUGGUUGCUCGUCGAUUAGAUAAUCUUCCAACAAGGCAACGGGAAACAGAUCGGCAAUCAGACAGUUCUGGAACACUUCACUUGGAAGAAGGUGAAGAUCACCCACUCAAAAACAUUGAGAAAUGA